GGAAAGGCAAGGAUACUGUUUGACGCAUUCUCAUUCAGUGGGGAGAAAUCGACCUUCGACAGGAGGACAUAAACAGCCAAAAAAGGAGGAAAAUCUCGACAUAGAGGACUUAAAAACUGUUGGUAUUAUUUGUUAAGCUACAAACAAGGACCCGGCAUAAAGGAUACUUCUUUCCUUGGAUUGUUCUGCGUCUCAGGAUUUCUCAUUUCCCUCCUUUUCAUCUACAAAGGAGGUGACAGAGCUGCGACAGCUGCAAAGAUGAAGUACAGCUACGCAGCACCGGUCUCCACCUACACACGGAGUUCACAGUACACACCAGUGUACCACUCAUCCUCCUACUACAGCCCCUCACAUUACACCUCAACAUCCACGUACGCCACUGUAUCAAAGUACAUCCCAACGGCACAGACUAGCACUUAUUACACCCCAUCCCUUUACCCGUCCAGUUACAGAGCUGCAUCAACGUAUGUCCCUUCAUACAGCAAAGUUUCAAAGUACACCUCAACACGCCGCACUCAAGCGCAGGAAAAACCUGCGCCUGUAAUACCUGUGGCACCUGCAAAGAGGACUGUGCACUUCCCGAACGACAUCAUCUUCCAGGACAUCGUCAGACGAGGGGAUCUGGAGCAAAUUGGACGCUUCAUGAGAGCAAGGAAAGUCCGUGUGGAUACGGUCUUCCACUCAGGAAUGGCUGCUCUGCAUGAAGCCGUGCUUACAGGAAACCUGGAGGUGGUGAAGCUCCUUGUCAAAUAUGGCGCUGACGUGCACCAGAGGGACGAGGACGGAUGGACGCCACUGCACAUGGCCUGCAGUGACGGCUACCCAGAAAUUGCUAGGUACCUCUUGUCGGUGGGAGCAAGCACAGAAGCUGAGAACGAAAGUGGAGAAAAGCCUGCAGAUCUGAUUGACCCAGACUGUAAAGAGCUGGCUAAACUGUUUGAGACAGGCUGUGUGUGACCACUCAUGAACCUGAGUGAGAAAAAAAAGACACAAAAAUGACCCAAAUUAAGCAAGUAACUUCACAUAAAACCUGUAUGUUGCCGCUGCUUCUGCCAAAAAGCAACAUUCUGGGGGUUUUUUUGCCUUUUUUUCAAAAUUGUAUCUCAUCUCUGCUCAUCAUUGCUUUAUAUUACUUUUAUUUACUUUCUUUUGCUUCAUUGUAAACUGUUAAAUAUUUGCUGUUACUGACAUAAGAGCUGUAAAUACUAUGGUGUGACUACUUGACAAAGCACAUGUCCGUGGAUUCAAAUGUCUUUCCUUGUGAAUUCUAGUUAAAGACAAAUCACAUAUUUAUUUAUAAAAAAAAAAUGUAUUCAGUUUUUCAUUUGAAAUCUUUUAUCAUCUGUAUUUGUUUAUUUUUCUAUGGAACAGGAUGCAGCCUGCAGACAGAAUGUUUUAAAAAAAGAUGUCUAAAUCUACACGAGAAUCUGAACUUGUAUCAAAGUGUUUGUAUAAUGUUUUGCAUCCUCACUGCUGGGCAGAAAGAGGGUCAUCCAGAUCACUGCAACCUCUUUUUAUGUAGUUCAGAAAGCUUAAAUAUGUAGAUUUGUUUCUGUGUAUCUCUGCAGGAUUUUGACUGUUCUCUGUUGUAAAAAGAAAAUAAUUGUAAGUCUUAUAAU